AUGUCUCAAAAUCAAAUUCAAGUAAAGUUGUUUGAAAUCCCAGCAACAUUGGUUGUAGUUGAAUUGAGUUCUAAUUUGUUUAGCGGGAAAUUACCUAAACUUUCCAACAGUUCAUUGUUACAACUGUUCGAUCUAUCAAAUAACUCCUUUACAGGGUCAAUACAUCAUUUUUUGUGUCCUUAUGGUGGGAAAGGGAUAGAAGCACUUAAUCUAGCAAAUAAUCAUUUGUCCGGUGUCAUUCCUGAGUGUUGGGUGAAGUGGCCGAGUUUGUCAUUCCUGAACUUGGAGAACAACAAUUUGUCUGGUGUAAUUCCGACAACUUUGGGAUCUUUAUCUUAUCUAGGAUCAUUGAAUAUGUGCAAGAACAAGCUGUCCGGGAGAUUACCCACUUCUCUAAAGAACUUAACAAGAUUACAGAUCCUUCAGCUUGCUACAAAUGAACUUGUUGGAAACAUUCCAACAUGGAUUGGGAUAAAACUUUCAACCAUUCAGAUCUUGGACUUCGCUCAUAAUAAUCUAUCAGGAAAUAUUCCAAGAUGCUUUAACAACUAUAGUGUCCUGACUAAGAAAGAAACUUCCUUAAUUAAUCAGUUUGUUUUCUUAGACUUUGACAAUAUUAACGUAGCAGCUAGUGCUUCAUUGAUGAUGAAGGGACAAGAGUAUACAUAUAACACUAUUCUUGGACUAGUGAUGGUUUUGGACCUUUCUAGUAAUAAAUUUUCUGGGAGCAUCCCAAUUGAGCUAAUGGCGCUUCAGGCAUUACAAUCGUUGAACAUAUCAAAAAAUCAAUUGACAGGAGUUAUACCAAAGAAUAUUGGUGACAUGAAGUUUCUUGAAUCAUUCGAUGUAUCUUCAAACCAUCUGUCUGGGGAGCUUCCAAUGAGCUUGUCAGGCUUGACUUUCUUGAGUAGCUUCAAUGUGUCUUUCAACAACUUGACUGGAAGAAGCACAUCAAGCACACAGCUACAGAGCUUCAAUGAAUCCAGCUUCUUCGGCAACAAACUCUGUGGAGUUCCACUGACCCAGAUUUGUGGAGAAAUAGAGCAUAAUAAAGAUCAACAAGAAGGUGAUACAUCACAUGUAGUGGAUUUUGGAUUGACUAUUUGCGUCUUGCUUGGAUUUUUUGUUGGGUUUUGGUCCAUUGUCAUUCCCCUGAAUGUUGGAACAAUUUGGAUUUCAUUGUCUAAAUUAAGAUUAUAUGAUCUGUUUUCUUAA